UGAUCGCGACCGACGCUCAGCCGGCGUAAACACAAUCGGUGGAGCGGGUAUUAUGUCCCAUUAUUUCCCGAACUGCCAUGCAAAAAUAUGAGAAACUCGAGAAGAUAGGAGAAGGCACUUACGGGACUGUGUUCAAGGCGAAAAACAGAGAAACGCAAGAGAUUGUUGCGCUAAAGCGUGUGAGGCUCGAUGACGACGACGAGGGGGUGCCAAGUUCUGCAUUGCGAGAGAUCUGUCUUCUUAAAGAAUUAAAGCACAAAAAUAUUGUGAGGUUACAUGAUGUUCUUCACAGUGAGAAAAAACUGACUCUUGUAUUUGAGCACUGUGACCAAGACCUGAAGAAGUAUUUUGACAGCCUCAAUGGUGAAAUUGACCUCGAAGUUGUUAAGUCUUUUAUGUUCCAGCUUCUUCGUGGCCUUGCAUUCUGCCAUAGCAAUAACAUCCUGCAUAGAGAUCUCAAGCCACAGAACCUUCUCAUUAAUAAGAAUGGAGAACUAAAGUUAGCUGACUUCGGUCUAGCAAGGGCGUUCGGAAUUCCAGUUAGGUGCUACUCAGCUGAGGUAGUCACGCUUUGGUAUCGGCCACCAGAUGUUCUGUUUGGGGCCAAGCUGUACACGACGUCCAUUGACAUGUGGUCUGCUGGCUGCAUUUUUGCAGAGCUUGCGAAUGCAGGAAGACCACUGUUCCCUGGGAGUGAUGUUGAUGAUCAACUAAAACGGAUAUUCAAGCUCUUGGGAACUCCGACUGAAGACACCUGGCCGGGGAUGACGCAGCUGCCAGAUUACAAGUCGUUCCCGCUGUACCACCCAACAACCAGCUUUGCACAAGUGGUGCCGAAGUUGAGCUGUAGAGGGCGAGACCUGCUGCAGAAACUCCUUGUCUGCAAUCCAGCCAUGCGACUCUCGGCAGAAGAGGCCAUGCAGCACCCUUACUUCAGUGACCUCCCAACCUCCAUUAGGAACGGCUGAUCAUCUUGGCAUGAGUGCAUCGUGGUAACCAGUCCUAAGGCACUGUCUACUAUCGUUUCAUUUCAUUUGUUUCAUUUGUUUCAUUUGAAUUCAGUAAUGUAUAUACAGUCAACGUAACAGCUCUUAUUUCAGUGUUACUACGUAAUCUUUUCUUGUCUUUAAGUGUCUUUUCUCGAUAGAAGUUGAAUAUUGGAAUGGUCGUAGUAGAAUUAAUUAAUUCAGCAAGUGCGUACCUGAUAAAUGAUAGGAAUUUGAUCGAACAAUCAACCUUGGGCAACUUGGAAUGAAGCGUACUAAGCAUUGUGGGGAUAUUUCUUCCUGUGCCUAAUUCGUUUAAAAUUAAUUUGAUGAAGCUAUGUCGUGAUUUUGAUUUCAUGAUAAUAAGUUUGGUGUGGUAGUGCUAUUGGGGAAGUACGUUUACGAACUGCGAGUGCAAUUCUUUUAUUAUUACGUCAAUAGCCGAGCAUUGUAAGGUGCACUCUGGUAUUUGCACACACUGGUGAGACAGUGCCUGUCAAUUCCAGGCUACAUGCCAAGAGCGGGAGAAAGCUUUUCAUGACACCAACAGUCGGUAAACUCUGGUCCUCGAUGGUACCGACAUUGUAUCUUAGGUUAAUGCUGUUUGUCCAACUAAAAUUUUGUGAGCAUUAAUGCGUGCUUUAUAAAAAAUGCUGCAGUCUUUUGAUCAUUGUGCGUUGCUGCUUCUGAAAGAGUCCGCACAUGUGCAAAAUAUUCUACGUAGUUUUAAUGUCGUAUAACUUGCCAAGUUAGGCUGCACAAGCUCUUAUUAACAAUCAGUUUGAAUACAUGAGGCUGCAUUGUUUUGAACCACUUGCAUUAGUGUUGUGCGCAAAUAUCUGGACAGAAAUGAUAUCGUAUAGACUUGUGUAAAAGCCGCACCCCUGCGAGGGCUGCACCCCCAACUUGGCAGCCCGAAGUUUGUAAAAAGAAAUUUCAGCGGAGAAGCAAUCGCAUUUGGUGCCCCGAUGCCGCGUGUGCAUUGGCGAAUUUUCGUUCACUGCAUACUUCCGCGUGCCACUACUAGAUAGCGAGAGCUGCGUGUUGACCUCUAAUGCAGUGGUACAUCCGGGGAUCCAGGGUGUUCACAAGUCAAGACUGUGCCGGCAUCAUUUUGAUGAAAAUAUCCGGUCCCGUAUAAGAACGGCCCUUACACAAGUCUUUGCGGUAUAUUAAAGAGUGUCAAGUAGUAUUUUUGUGUUCAGCUGUUUGGUAAAGGAGCAAAGGAUGUGCUGCUGGUGGCUAGAAAGACCAAGACAAUGUAGGCACGAAAGUAGCGGAAGGUGCUUUUUGUUCAGGAACAGUGGUUUUUACAUAUUUAUAUGCCUGCGGUACUGACAAGGAGAAUAAAAGUGACUUUUGACAGCCACAAAUGGUUUGAUAUUCACGUCUUCACGAGUUGCUAUGUUGUUCGGCUAUUAAACAUAGCAUGGCUGUGCAUUUUGGGGAAAUGCUCAGAAAGAUCACCUUCAUUAGAAUAGUUUAUUCUUGCUACAUGCAUUAAAAGCAGCUUGUGGCUUUUAUGUCUAAAAGACAGAAUUUCCAUGUUGCUAUACGUUUGAAAGGUGCACUAAACAGAAAAAACUAUUUGAACUUCAGGAUUCUUCACAGAAAUUUUUGAGAGAUGGACAUUUCGCCACCGGAGUGGAGGUACACACGCAACUAAGCUUUCCUUUCCCUUCCUUUCCAUUCCGUUAUUUUGAAUUGUACAUUCACCAAUUUCACAUUUUGGGUCAUUAACGAAAGAAAUGCGAGCCAGCCAACAUCGCCAGGACAAAGAAAUGCAUAGCUUGCCACUAUCAACAUGCAUGCAAAAAGCAUCCGACGAUUCAAAUCUGAGUCGGCUAAUGGGAGUCCUUCCUGUGUCCAUGUGGCAGCACUAACAUAUCGCAUGCUAGUUCUUCCUCUCUUUGCUUCUUUUGUUCAUUUUUUCACAGCAAAAUACGAUGCUGCGGCUAUCUGAAGCAUGAUCUUUGACGCUUUAUUUGCACUUGAAGAAAGGUAAAUUUAAGAUUACAGAAGGUGUGAAGGUCCUGCAGAAAGGCGAGGCCCAUGCAAGCAGAUGUGCCUGCAGAAUCAACCCGCUGCACCCAAGAAAUUUUCCCUCUUUACAAUGGUUCUGAAGUGGCAGUAUUGAGUCAACCACAUUGCGUCAAUGGAAAGCUGCACGCUCCACAGCGUGAUGGCACCUCCCGAUCCCCAAUUUUCUACCCAUUUUCACCGACAGUUGUGGGGUCGUAGAGUCUCGACCGUCGCGAGUGGAGCGCCACUGCUGAAACUGGUUGCGGGUGGGACCAGUGGGAAGGAGCAGGGAUAGCAGAACAGGUGAAGCUUGCGCAAUGGCGCCGGCGCAUACCUCAAUCCCGACACACUGCACUAGAAAAGCCCGAUUUUCUCAACUUCUACUUUACUUUUCUUUCUAAUGUACUUCCCCAUGUGAUAGAGAAACCCCCGAGUAUCACGAAAAAAAAAAAAAAAAAGAAUGGGUAAUUAAAGGGCCAGGUGGUAAACCACAGUGAUGGGCGGCAUUUCCCCCACCACCUACCGUGGGGAGAACCCCGAGCUGUAUUAGACUAUUCUACAAUACCAAAAAAUCCACUCUUACCAUGUUUGUUAAGCUAGAAAAGAUGCAAAAACGAAAGACAGAUGGUGACACUGCCUUGAAGUUCCCGCACCAGCUUGGUGCGACGUCAUGGAUAUUGAUAGUCUGUGCUCAGGCUUAAGUUCUGAACGGUAAAUAUUGACUUAAUUGUUUUCCAAAAGAGGCAAAGACUGGCAUAUUCAUGAACUUUUACUAAGACUUCGAUACAAAAUCUGCGACAUCACGCUGACAUACAGGCGCGGGAGUUUCGGCCCUAAAUUUAAGGACUGAACUUUAGCCCACGUUUUCUCACUUAUUUUCACAAAAUUAUUGAAAAUGGAGUUUUGAGAGAAUUCUUGAACAGCAUAAAAGUAUACAUUUGAAAGCAGCUGCAGGCUUUUAUGUCUAAAUGACAGAAUUUUGUGUUUCACUAUAGCGGCGACCACCCUAUUUUGCCCAGGAAGGAUCUGUAACUUCAUUGAUCUGGUAAACGAUGUACCAUUCUUUGUACAGCACGCAGAGGAUUGUCUUUUUUUUUUUUUCUUCAGCUGCCCUUCAGUGGUAGCAAAGCCUUCAUAACUGUUCUUUUGACUGUGCACUUGCGAGUAAAAGUUGGCAUAAUUUUU